GGUAUCCUACUUUCCAUCCUUCUUGACCGCCCAAAGUCGACGUGGAUGCACUUGUAAAUGCAUCCCCGCCCUCCUUCGGGUCUGCCCUGGAAGAAGACGACUUAUGCUGAAAGCGCGCCAGCGCCGGCAGAUUCGGCAGCUGACGCUCUUGCUCGGAUCGUGCCUGGCGCUGUUCUGCCUAGUAUUUGUGUGGAGGACGCCGUCGGACGACGACUACGGCGAUAUCAACAGGCCGCCGUCAAUGCGAAUCUCGCCCUACGCCCCGAGACCCGCGCUCCCUUCGGAAGCGCUUGAGAACCUGUCGCUAGGCGAGGGGGAAUGCGAGGCCACGUUCCCCGGGCUCACCAAGGAGAUUGACGAUGCCGUUGCCCAGGGCCCGUUCAAAGUGAAGCAGACGGGUGACCUAGGGCCGCUGCAAGGUCGGAUAAAAGACGGAAAGAUAUAUAUAAUCCACGCACAACGGAAGGCAGAUCUCUCCAAGGAGAUGGUUAACUCCCGAAGUGCUGCGCUGCACCAACUGCACCGCGCCUUGGUCACGUCGCCGACGCCCCUGCCCGACACCGUCUUCACGCUCAACUUCCAGGACCAACCGUUCGGCACGGCGUGGACGUACAGCCGGCCAGCGUUGUUGCCGCACGCACCAACGGACCCCAACUCGCGGACGUUCCUGAUGCCGCACUUUUCGUUUUGGGCGUGGAAGCUGCCGUUUGUCGGGUCCAUGGGACGAGGGGCGAAAGCAAUCACGGCCCUGGAACGCGAGUACGAAGGGGCCGGGCGGUGGAAUCACAAGAUCCCCAAGGCCAUAUGGCGCGGGACGACGUGGUUCAACAGCAUACACAGUCCACGGCUGCGGCAACAUCUGGUGGCGGCGGCCAAGGGCCAAGCGUGGGCCGACGUGCAGCCUCUCCAGUGGAAAGGGGACAACGCGAGCAACGCGCUGCCCAUCGAGGAGUUCUGCAGGUACAAGUACGUCCUGCAUACCGAGGGUGUGUCGUACAGCGGGCGAUUUCAGUUCGUCCAGAUGUGCGCGAGCGUCGUCAUCACGCCGCCCAUGCAUUGGAUGCAGCACACGACGCACCUCGUCCGGCCCCUCUUCUCGAGCAGCCUGGACCUUUCCACGAGCGGUAGGUCCAAGAAGGCCAAGGGGAGCGGCCGUUGGGAUGCGAGGAAGAGCAAGUCCCAUGCCAAGACGGCUCGCGGUGGACCCGCUGCCCCUGCUGCUUCUUCCUGGGAGCCUUCGGAGCGGAUCCGUAAGGCCUGGCCCGUGCAAUACAGCCCGGAAGAGGCCAACAUCGUAUUUGUGGCACCGGACUGGUCUGACCUUGGGGACACGAUCGCCUGGCUCGAGGCGAACCCCCGCAUUGCCGAGGGCAUCGGCAGGCGCCAGCGUGAUCUUUUCGUCGGCGGAGGCUACUUCAGUCAGGCGGCCGAGGCCUGCUACUGGCGAGCCCUCGUGCGAGGCUGGGCCAAGAUGGCCAGAAUAGACGGCGAGGGCUGGGAAGACACCGAGGACACGUCGUUCGAGGCGUUCACUCUAACCAACGGGGACUGAUGAUAGAAUGACAGAAAACCCUCCGCAUUUAGGGGUUGUUUUGCAUGUUUUAAUAUCCACGACCACAUGAAAGAGCCGAGAAUAUUUCUGUCCGGCUAGAGCAGUAUCGGUGUAUUCUGGAAUGGCCGCGAGGCAGCGAGGCGGGCGCUUUCCGCUGGAUUCAUACCACAAGCUCUGCCCAUGUCCAGUGCGCAAUGCGCAAUGCGGCACCAGGUUCUAGUUAUCCUCUGAGUAAAUCUCGAGAAAUGGUGUAACUUCAGCUUGAGCCAUGUGAUGACUAGAUUCGGGAAAAGUCCUGAUAUGUUGGUAGUUGUCCGGUCUGAAUGAAUGGGUAUACUGUUGCCUAUUAGAAUGCGCUUUUCUUUUCUCUGUUCCCUCCCCACCAAAAAGCUGGGCACGACAGCUUUAACAAGAUAU